CUCACGCAGUAUCUCGAAGCGACACUUCAGCCACACCGACAUGCCGUUGUCAGCGCGGCACGUCGUGGUGUUUUCAGAGUUGAGUCCCGAGCAAAAGCAGAAUUACACCAAGUUUAUCAUCGAGCACAACGUCAAAUUUGGUCGUAACAAAGAUGGGCUGUACGUGGCGUCCGUGUCGUUAGGCAGUGCCGCAUUUGCCCAUGCUGCGGAAGAAGCCAAAGUUCAGCCGCCUCUGGACAAGACCACCCUCAGUGCGGACGAGCGCAGCAGCGACAUGCCAGCCAGCAUGAAGCGAUACGCCAGCUUGUACUGCCUCAUCGAGGCCCCGCCACCAGUGGCUGCGUCCAAAAUGUUCUUGUCCGAUGUUCACUUGGCCAAGACCAUUCAUGACAUCUACGACGCUCGAUGGGAGGACGCGCGGCGCGAUACUCCACACCCGACUAGUCGGGACGAAGCGACCCCCUUGUUUGCCUUGUUUGUGCUUCAUCACUUUCAAACGCGGUUUGGACUGCCCAAGCUCGUGGCCCAGAACGCCGUGGACUUGAUGCAGGCCUUGCACGCCAACAAGAACCGGCUGGACACAGAGAUCUUUUCGUGCUUUUUGGAUGGCACGUACCCCGACGACGCGUUAGAGUUUUACCUUUUUGCUCGCCAUCAAGUUGUGGUGCUGUUGACCAAAGAUACAUUGGGGGGUAAAUUCAACUUAAGCAAGGACAGCACGUGGAUCUCCAAGGCGCAGUGUUUGGUCGCCGCCAACGCCGUCUUUGGCUCGCGCCUCGAGCCCAGUUAUCUUACCUUUCUUCGUAAGCUGAAACGACAUUUGACGGCGCAGCCCGCCUCCCGCGCCAAUACCCAUAUCAUCGAGAUGAAUGAGUUUCUUCUCUUGGCAUUGGAAACGUUCCAAGCUACGCACGGGGUUGUCGUCGACACAGCAGCAUCCACCACCACGCCCGUGACCAAGGCAUUGGAGACAGUCGUCACGUCAAACCCCAACCAGCAUGAUGGAGACGAACAGAAGCGGUUGGAAGCCCUCUUGCACCGCGUUCGCGCAAGACAACUGGAGCAUGUACGUGAAUGAGAUAGGAUGGAAGGAACUAGACAUUCAGGAGAUGUAGAAUGGUCAGUCCUCGUCCGAAGCAGCCUUGAGUCCGAAGGUUGCCGCCAUGGUGUGGCCCACUUGCACGCAGUAAAGACAGCUUUGACAUUCUACGCACGUCACUUGAACUUGCCCACAAGACAUGAACAGUGCGAUCGUAAUAAAAAAAGCCAUUCCAUUUUCAUUAAUGCGAU